UCCCCCGGGCCCAUUGGCCGCUUGCCCCUGCUGGCUGGGCCUGUGCCUGCCCUGGACCCUAUAAGGCCAGGGAGCCGAGGGCAGAACCAGCUGCCAGCAGGGCCAGUCCGUCCUCAGGGGGACCCCCGCGCAGUCCAGGUGAACGGGGCCGCGUCUGCUUCAGUGACACCAGGGCGAGGCCAGGCCUGCAGCUUCUCACAUUCUCACUAUGUCUGCUCCGGACGAAGGGAGACGGGAUCCCCCCAAACCCAAGGGCAAGACCCUGGGCAGCUUCUUUGGGUCCCUGCCUGGCUUCAGCUCUGCCCGGAACCUGGUGGCCAAUGCACAUAGCUCGGCGAGAGCCCGGCCAGCCACUGACCCUGCAGGAGCGCCUGCCGCCGAGGCUGCCCGACCACAGGCUCAGGUGGCCGCCCACUCAGAGCAGAUAGCCCCAUGGACAGAGGAGUCGCAACCUUCGGAAAAGAUGAUGUCCGGGGCCAAAGACCUGGUAUGUUCCAAGAUGUCCAGGGCCAAGGAUGCCGUCUCCUCCGGGAUGGCCAGCGUGGUGGAUGCGGCUAAGGGAGUGGUCCAGGGCGGCCUGGAUACCACUCGGUCUGCACUCACGGGCACCAAGGAGGUGGUGUCCAGCGGGGUCACGGGGGCUGUGGACAUGGCUAAGGGGGCCGUCCAAGGGGGUCUGGACACCUCGAAGGCUGUCCUCACUGGCACCAAGGACACGGUGUCCGCUGGGCUCACGGGGGCAGUGAAUGUGGCCAAAGGGACCGUACAGGCCGGUGUGGACACCACCAAGACUGUGCUGACCGGCACCAAAGACACAGUGACUACUGGGGUCAUGGGGGCAGUGAACUUGGCCAAAGGGACUGUCCAGACCGGCGUGGACACCUCCAAGGCUGUACUGACUGGCACCAAAGAUGCUGUGUCCACUGGGCUCACGGGGGCAGUGAAUGUGGCCAGAGGAACCAUUCAGACUGGUGUGGACACUAGUAAGACUGUCCUAACAGGUACCAAGGACACCGUCUGUAGUGGGGUGACUGGUGCCGUGAACGUGGCCAAAGGAACCAUCCAGACUGGCGUGGACACCACCAAGACUGUCCUAACCGGUACCAAGGACACCGUCUGCAGUGGGGUGACCGGUGCCAUGAACUUGGCCAAAGGGGCCGUCCAGGGGGGCCUGGACACCACCAAGUCUGUGGUCAUGGGUACAAAAGACACAGUGUCCACUGGGUUCAUGGGGGCAGCAAACGUGGCCAAGGGGGCCGUGCAAACUGGGCUGAACACAACCCAAAAUAUCGCAGCAGGUACAAAGGACACCGUCUGUAGUGGGGUAACUGGUGCCAUGAACUUGGCCAGAGGAACCAUCCAGACAGGCAUGGACACCACCAAGACAGUCCUAACAGGUACCAAGGACACCGUCUGCGGUGGGGUGACCGGUGCCAUGAAUGUGGCCAAAGGGGCCGUCCAGGGGGGCCUGGACACCACCAAGUCUGUCCUGACUGGCACUAAAGACGCUGUGUCCACCGGGCUCAUGGGGACAGCGAACGUGGCCAAGGGAGCCGUCCAGACGGGUGUAGACACAGCCAAGAUCGUGCUGACCGGCACCAAGGACACAGUGACUACCGGGCUCAUGGGGGCAGUGAAUGUCGCCAAAGGGACCGUCCAGACCGGCGUGGACACCACUAAGACCGUGCUGACCGGCACCAAGAAUACAGUCUGCAGUGGGGUAGCUGGUGCCGCGAAUGUGGCCAAAGGGGCCGUCCAGGGGGGCCUGGACACCACCAAGUGCGUCUGUCACAGCGCACUAAAGGCUGUGUCCACUGGGCUCACAGGGGCUGUAAACUUGGCCAAAGGGACUGUCAGACCGGGCGUGGACACCACCAAGACUAUCCUAACAGUACCAAGGACACCGUCUGCAGUGGGAGUCACCGGUGCCGUGAGCAGUAGCCAAAGGGCCGUCCAAGACCUGGACACCACCAAGUCUGCGGUCAUGUACAAAGACACAGUGUCCACCGGGCUCACAGGGGCAGCGAGCGUGGCCAAGGGGAGCUGUCCAGGCGGGUGUAAAGACACAGCCAGAACCGUGCUGACCGGCACCAAGGACACAGUGACUACCGGGCUCAUGGGAGCAGUGAAUGUCGCCAAAGGGACCCUUGGCCAAAGGGACUGUCAGACCGGCGUGGACACCACCAAGACUGUGUUAACCGGUACCAAGGACACCGUCUAUGGUGGGGUCACCGGUGCCAUGAAUGUGGCCAAAGGGACGUCCAGGGGAGCCUGGACACCUGGAGUCUGUCUGACCGGUACCAAGGACACUGUCUGCAGUGGGUCACCGGUGCCGUGAACAUGGCCAAAGGGGCUGUCACAAACUGGACUGAAAAGCAUUUAAGAUGUCGCUACAGGUACAAAGAACACCCUUGGCAGUGGGGUGACCGGUGCCGUGAAUGUAGAAAGGGGCUGUCAGGCGGGUGUAGACACAGCCAAGACCGUGCUGACGGCACUAAGGCACAGUGACACUACCGGGCUCAUGGGGGCAGUGAAUGUGGCCAAAGGGACACUUGAACUGGCAUGGACACCACCAAGACUACACCACACCAAGUCUGUGGUCAUGGGUACAAAGACACAGUGUCCACCGGGCUCUGGGGAGCGAGCGUGGCCAAAGGGGGCUGUCCAGAUGGGUGUAGACACAGCCAAGACCGUGCUGACCGGCACCAAGGACACAGUGACUACCGGGCUCAUGGGGCAGUGGAAUGUCGCCAAAGGGACUGUCCAGACUGGCAUGGACACCACCAAGACCGUCUCUCUGUGGUCAUGGAGUACGAAGACACGAGUGUCCACCGGGCUCAUGGGGGCAGUGAAUGUCGCGAAAGGGGCCGUCCCAGACCGGCGUGGACACCACCAAGGCCGUGCUGACGGCACUAAGAAUACAGUCUGCAGUGGGGUGACCGGUGCUGCGAAUGUGGCCAAAGGGACGUCCAGAAACCUGGACACUACAAAGAAUCUCUGUCUGACUGGCACUAAAGAUGCUGUGUCCCACUGCUCUGGCGCUGUGAACUUGGCCAAAGGGACUGUCCAGACCGGCAUGGACACCACCAAGACUAUCUGCGGUAAGGACACCGUCUGCAGUGGAGUCACUGGUGCUGUGGAUGUGGCCAAAGGGACCGUUCAGACGAGUGUGGACACAGCCAAGACGGUGCAUGGCACUAAGGAUGCAGUGACUACUGGAAGUCAUGGAGCAGUGAAUGUAGCCAAAAAGACCAUGCAGACAGUAAUGGAAACCUCCAAGGCUGUGCUAGCAGGUACCAAGGACACCGUCUGCAGUGGGGUGACGUGCCAUGAGCAUGGCAAAGGGGCCGUCAAGGGCCUGGACACCACCAAGGCAGUGCUUGACCCCGGAACCAAAGAUGCAGCGUCUGCUGGGCUCAUGUGGUGGAACGUGGCAACAGGAGCCAUCCAUACUGGCUUCAGCACCUUCCAGAAUUGGUUACCUAGUACCCAGGCCACCUCCUGGGGUGGACUCACCAGUUCCAGGACCACAGACAAUGGUGGGGAGCAGACUGCCCUAAGCCCCCGAGAGGCCCCAUUCGCUGGUGUCUCCAGGCCCCCAGAGAUGCUCAGCGUAGGCCCGGGCCUGUCUGGGGAAGCUGCAGCCACAACCAAGAGCCUUGUGACUGGCGUGGCCACGUUCACCCAGGGAGCCGCCCUGGGCAAGGAGGACAAGAAUGUGCCUACAACCUCAAAGAAGCCACGCUUGGCGAUGCUACAGAAUGAGUUGGAGGGACUGGGGGACAUCUUCCACCCCAUGAAUGCAGAGGAGCAAGCUCAGCUGGCUGCCUCCCAGCCGGGGCCGAAGGUGCUGUCGGCGGAGCAGGGGAGCUACUUCGUUCGUUUAGGCGACCUGGGUCCCAGCUUCCGCCAGCGGGCAUUUGAACACGCGGUGAGCCACCUGCAGCACGGCCAGUUCCAAGCCAGAGAUACUCUGGCCCAGCUCCAGGAAUGCUUCAAGCUGAUUGAAGAGGCCCAGCAGGCUCCAGAAGGGCAGCCGUGUCUGGACCAGGGCUCAGGUGCCCGUGUGGAGGAUGCUGCUGUCCAGGAGGAGCGGGACGCCGGGGCUCUGUCCAGGGUCUGCGGCCUUCUCCAGCAGCUGCACACGGCCUACAGUGGCCUGGCCUCCAGCCUCCAGGGCCUGCCCGCCGAGCUCCAGCAGCCGGUGAAGCGGGCGCGGCGCAGCCUCUGUGAGCUCUAUGGCGUCGUGGCCUCGGCCGGCUCUGUAGAGGCGCUGCCCGCAGAGCAGCUGGUGCAGUGCCGCGAGGGUGUGCACCAGGCGUGGCAGGGGCUAGAGCAGCUGCUGGAGGGCCUACAGCACAACCCCCCGCUCAGCUGGCUGGUAGGGCCCUUCGCCUUGCCCCCCGGCGGGCAGCAGCUGUAGGAGCCUGCAGGCCCGGGGCAGGGUCGCCCUGCUCUGCCCAGGGAGGAGCUGCCUCAGAACCUUCUCUCCAGCCCCAAACCUGGAUCGGUUUCCUAAAGCCCUAGACCUUUGGGGUUGCAGCUGGCGGAGCACUGAAGGGCUGCGGAGGCAGUGACCUGAGUGGAGCCACCCCACGCCCUGCUCCGGGCCUGCCCGCACCUCCCACCUCCUCCCCAGCACUGCCUGCCCCUCUCAGAGCCUGGGGUCGCUCAGACCGCCAGCCAGAAGCCUUCCCUUGAAGACCCUGAGGGAGUACUGCAAUUAGGAAAGAGAAAAAGCAGCGUGCCCAGCCUGGAAAGGCGUCCAUUUGCCCUGAUAGCAACUCUUUUAUAUCUAGCAGGGCUCUUCCAGUCCUGCAGCCCGGGCCCCCAGCUCCCAGCGGUGCAGGCAGCGUUGUGGCAUCCCAGGCUCCAGGCAGCUCCGUCCUUGUGCUGAAAGCGGGUCUCCGGCCUUAGCACACCUUGAGGGUCUUAAGAACCACAUUCCCUCAUACUAGAAGGUACUAGAAAAUGUAAAACUUGGCAGGGCGCGGUGUCUCAUGCCUGUAAUCCCAGCACUUUGGGAGGCCGAGGCGGGCAGAUCACGAGGUCAGGAGA